AUGGUGAGGACGGUGAAUUUAGAGCAACGGUGUGGUGGGUUCAGGUCGACGGCCCGCAAGUUGAUCGCCGUGUGCAUGGGUGGAGCUUUGUUGCUCUCUAGUGGGCAAGCAGGUGCAGAUCAACCGCGUGAAGGUCUUCUGCGUCGGAGUUUGUCCGGACCAAUCGACAGUGUCGAACCGUUGUUUAAGAAUGCAGUCGCCACUUGCGAUUUCACAGGCGAAGGCGCCGCAGCCGCUACGGCCGCUGGUGCCUCCCUGACGCUGUCGCAAAAGAGUCUCACCUCUACCCUGGUAUGUACUGCAGAGAACAUCGCGAUGAUACCGGAGAGCCUGGCUAGCGUGUGUGAUCCAUCGCAAGCGGGACAAAGUGGCAAAUGCCAGUUUGACGGCAGCCAGCCUGGCGGCAACGAGGUCAAACUGAAAGACUUGCUCGGAACAAACCGCGAUGUUCACUGGACACAACGUGACGAAAAGGCCGUGGCCACAACACAAACGUGGAUGCUGCAGCUCGAGGAGGCAGACCUUCCUUUGUCUGACAAGAGCUUCCUUGUUGGGUGCCAAGACUCCACUGCCUCUGUGCCGGGCCUGGUUACGAAGAAGGCGUGCAAGGUCCCGGUGAACGUGGAAGCGAGACCUUCUGCCGUUGGGGAAAAUAAUCUCGUUACCUGUGCCUAUGGCAAAAACAGCAACCCUGCGCCCCUGAUGGUUGAGAUGACGACAGAGAAUAACACCCUCACGCUUCAGUGUGGUUCCGAGGGUAUUCUUCAUCCGACUACAUAUGAAACUCGCUACUGCGACCCUGAGGAAGCAGACUUGAAGAAGUGCAACGAGAAGGACUACGUAGGUAUUCUUCCCAGCUUUGUGGAGAGCUGGUGGACGAAUGCGGAUGCGAAGACAUCCGCUACGCUGACAAUCCCGGUGACGGAGUUUCCCGAGUCAGAACAAAAAUUUCGUGGUGCGGUCGCCACUUGCACAUUAACAGGAGCAGCUGCCGCAGCCUCUACGCCUGCUGCUACCUCUCUGACGCUGUCGCAACAAAGUCUCUCCGCUACCUUGGUAUGUACAGGAACACAAAUCAAGAAGGUUCCAGCCAGCCUGAAACACGUGUGUGAUCCGAAGCAAACCCAAAAAGGUACCAACUGCGAGAUCGAGGGCAGCCAGUCCGACGGCAAAGAGGUGGAGCUGAAAGACUUGCUCGGAACAAACCGCGACGUUCAGUGGAAAGAGAUCCAACAAGUGCCAAAGAGCCAAAAAAAUGCAGACGGCACAAAAACGUGGACACUGCAGCUGGAAGAUGCCGACAUUCCUGUCACCGACAAGAGCUUCCUUGUUGGGUGCCAAGACUCCACUGCCUCUAAGCAAACCCAAGGCACGGCGUGCAAGGUGACGGUGAACGUGGAAGCGAGAGCUUCUGCCGUUGGGGAAAAUAAUCUCGUCGCCUGCGCGUACGGCAAAAACAGCAACCCUGCGCCUCUCAAGGUUGAGAUGACGACAGAGAAUAACACCCUCACUCUUCAGUGUGGUUCCGAGGGUAUUCUUCAUCCGACUACAUAUGAAACUCGCUACUGCGACCCUGAGGAAGCAGACUUGAAGAAGUGCAACGAGAAGGACUACGUAGGUAUUCUUCCCAGCUUUGUGGAGAGCUGGUGGACGAAUGCGGAUGCGAAGACAUCCGCUACGCUGACAAUCCCGGUGACGGAGUUCCCCGAGUCAGAACAAAAAUUUCGUGUAGGCUGUGUCCCCAACACGACAAAUUCCCAGGGACAUCAGCCUGAAGAAAAGACUGGGGAAAACAACGGCUCAGAAACAGAUGCGACUACGUCGAAUUGCAAUGUGAUUGUGACUGUCAAGUCAGGAAGCUCUGCAUCGUCAACUGGUCAAAUGGUAGCUACAGUCUCGGGUGCGGCCGCUUUGUUAGGGCUCCUCGUGGGCUCGUUGUAA